AUGAAGCUCACCACUGGUCUCAUUCUCGCUGCUGUCGCCCUUGUGAACGUCUCUACCAGGUCCGUUGCGACCGCCCCGACGUAUGCUGCGACACCUGCGGUGACUCUGCCUUCUCAGACGGGUCCAGUUCCAGAGGGGACUACGCAAAUGGAAAAUUCUCCAAGCACCGUGAACAAAGACAACUAUGUCACCUUCGACCCCACGAAGUUCGAGACGACGGAUCCCUCAACUUUGACUGGCCUGGGUCCUCAGAGAAGUCCAAAUGACAACUUUGGACCGUUCGGGCCUCCACCAAGCACCGCAAAUCACGACAACUUCGCGACAUUCGACCCCCGUGAUCUGCCGGCACGCGGCAGCCGGUGGAUCGGAGGCCCUGGUCCGGUAGUGAGACCUGGUUCGCCUGGCUACAAGAAUGAGGAAGCCGACAAGGCGUGGAAAGAUUUCAUCGCGCAAGGCUCUUCUCAUGGUGCAGGCGACGCUCCUGUUAGAUGCCCAGGGGAGUGCGGGGCCGAGACUGAGAUCGAGGCUGAGAUGAUCUGCGGCAACAACGGUCUCACCUACGCCAGCGAAUGCUGCCUCCAUGCCCAUCAAGGCGACCAACCUGUCGAAAAGGCCCACGAAGGUCCCUGCGAGAUGAUUUCUGCUGGACCGCUGGAAACGUAG